AUGAAGUCCACAUUCUACCUGGCUCUGCUCGUCUCUGUGCUUCACGUCUCGGCGAUAAUUCUGACCAAUCCGAACACGGCACGCAGCAGGCAAUAUGACUACAUCAUCGCAGGUGGGGGUCUUACAGGCCUAACAGCAGCCGCGCGAUUAACACAAGACAAGAAGAUUAGUGUGUUGGUGAUCGAAAGCGGUUUCUUCCAAUCGGACAGGUCAAUUAUUGAAAGCGUUAGCGCGUUCGGUCAAGCUUUUGGCAGCACACUUGAUUACGGAUUUCAAACCGUAUCCCUGGAUAUUAAUGGACGGCCGUUAACAAUCCACUCGGGCAAUGGUCUCGGUGGAUCGACCUUAAUCAAUGGGGCUUCCUACACCAGUCCAGCGAGCAUUCAAAUCGAUUCCUGGGAGUCUCACCUUGGUAAUCCUGGAUGGAACUGGCAAAAUGUUUCCUCAUAUAUUCACAAAUCGGAACGUGCUCGUCAUCCUACCCAGGAGCAGAUUGAAGCGGGUCAUUUCUUCAAUCCGAAAUGUCACGGUAUGGAAGGCGCAGUACAUGUCGGUCCACGCGAUAUUGGGACCCGAUACUCGCCAAUGAUUCGCUCAGUGAUGUCUAUGCUUGCUGGGCGCGGGGUCCCUACGCGGAAGGAUCUCAAUUGCGGAGACCCUCGUGGUAUGUCAAUGCUGCUGAAUACGAUACAUGAGAACCAGACUCGGUCAGAUGCUGGACGUGACAUACUUCUGCCUAUCUUACAACGUCCCAAUCUCUCAAUUCUCGUUGGACAACGUGUUGGGCGAGUUUUGAUCAAUCAACAUAUCUCACCUCCAUUGGCAACAGGCGUGGAGUUCGGCACGGAUGGAGAGAAAUUUGAGGUAUAUGCAAAGAAUGAUGUUAUCCUGGCGACUGGUGCCCUUGUCAGUCCACUCAUACUAGAAUACUCUGGAAUAGGAAUCAAGUCUGUCCUGGAUACCGCAGGUGUUCAACAGAUUGUUGAGCUUCCUGUUGGGCAAAACUUGCAGGAUCAAACAACUACUUCUCUUUCAACAACAAUUCACCCAAAAGGUUCAGGUCAAGGGCAAGCUGUGUAUUUUGCGACUUGGAAGGAGAUAUUCACGGACUCUGCUCAAGAAACUGCUCGUGGACUUUUGGACUCACAGCUGGACCAUUGGGCUCAAGAUGCCGUGUCGGAAGGUGGCUUUGGAAACGCCACGGCAUUGAAAUUACAAAUGGAGCUUUAUCGAGACUGGAUUCUGAAUCACGAUAUUGCAUAUGCGGAACUUUUCAUGGAUGCAAGUUCGACAACUCUUGGCUUUAGUAGCUGGAUUCUUCUCCCUUUUACUAGAGGGUAUAUUCAUAUCAUGCACAAAGAUCCUUAUCUCUGGCAGGCCGCUCGAAACCCAAGAUAUAUGGAGAACGAUCUAGAUCGAUACGCACAAGCAGCCGCUUCGCUACUAGCGAGAAGUCUUACACAGGACGACAAGAUGCAGGACUAUGUUGACAAAGAGACUUUUCCCGGGUCAGCAGUUCCUCAAAAUGCUACUAUGGAUGACUGGGUAUCCCAUGCCACCCAAAAUUUUGGCCCAAAUUAUCACACUAUCGGGACAUGUGCAAUGAUGGCAAAAGAUCUUGGUGGAGUGGUAGAUCACUCUGGUCGUGUGUAUGGUGUACGGAAUCUCCGGGUCAUUGAUGCUUCCAUUAUUCCUACUCAGAUUUCUGCACACACGUCCGCGUUGUUAUAUGGGAUGGCAGAGCGGCUAUCGGAUCUCAUACUGGCUGAUCAUUUUAUAUAA